ACUAAUUGAACAAUUCUUAUUUUGUUUAUGUGCUAAAAGUUCAUUGUUUAUAUACUUCAGACCGCCUUGUAAUUUUUGAUCCAUAUUAAAGUCUAUUCGUUUAAAUGGAGGAGAACGCAUUUUUAAUUGAAGAGCUUUCCAGCAACGAUGUUAGUGAGUCAGAACUGUCGGAGUUCAAAGAAACGCAGCCGAUAAAAGUUUUGGAUAUAAUAACUCCUGGUGAAGACUCCAACUCCAAAUUGACAAAUGUUGUGCGACCUAAUGAUAAUGAACAUACAGCUUUGCCAAAAACUUCUCGCGGAUCAGCCGAAGGUGAAGCAGCGCUAAUAAAGCUUUUCGUACGUGGAGAAGGAGAAUUUCCAGAUUGCUAUACAAAACUUGAACCGGGUGAAGAGGAAGAAGACGAUUAUGAUGUUGAUAAAGUGGAAUUAAAGGCGCAAGAGCAAGCAUCGACUAAAAUGUGUGAAAAUCUUAAAAUUACAGAACGCAAAGCCAUUGAUACCAGCUUGAGUGAGCCUUCUUGGCGUAAUAGAACUGGUAGUAUUGGCAGUUCCAGCACUAGUGCAACUAGUGGACCUCGAAGGCGUACAAUACUCAAUGCCGCACUGCAAGGUCUGAUGGGUGAGGCAAAUCUCAGUUAUGCACGUGGACAAAUUGAUAUUUCAGAAAAGAUUUGCUUGGAAAUCAUACGGCAGAAUCCGUUAGCACCUGAACCGUUUUUCACAUUGGCUGAAAUAUAUGAAACACGUAACACUGAAAAACAUUUAUAUUUCCUAACUAUUGCGGCACACUUGAAUCCACAUGACCGCGAUCAAUGGAUACGCAUUUCCGAAUUGCACAUAGCACAGGGCAAUUUACAACGUGCGCGUGUAUUUUAUACCAAAGCCAUAAAGGCUAUGCCCAGGGAUUAUGAUUUGCGUUUGCGUAAAGCCCGUUUAUUGGAAAUGAUGGGCGAAACUCAUCUAGCUAUGUUAACUUACCUAAAAAUGAUACCACACAUGCCACGUACUGAAAAAGAUUUAUGUCUAAUAACAGCAAAAAAUGUUGCUCACCAUUUCCAUGGUAUCUCAAAGCAUGCCAUAGCACUCGAAGCAAUGGAGAGUGCCUAUCAAGUAUGUGGCGAAUAUUUUUCAUUAGAAGACCUUAAUCUCUAUAUGGAUCUGUUAAUUUAUAACAAAGCUUACGCACAAGUAUUACGUUGUUUGCGCGCACGAACCUCACUCGAAUUAGAAACGGAGCAGGAGAGUAAUUUAGAACUUAUAUUCUUUUGCGUAAUACCCGAUAACUUUGUGCCCGAUUUUCGUGCUAAACUAUGCGUGAGCUUGAUACAUCUCCACGCACACCAUCUGCUGGGUUAUCUCAUACAAAAUGUACAUGAACAUAUACCAUUGACUGAUGAUCGGCUGGAUUUGUACAUUGAUAUUGCUGAAGCGCUAAUGCAAGAACAUAAAUAUGCCGAAUCUAUAGAGUUGUUACGGCCAAUAACAGAUGGCGAUACAAUUGAGUGUCCUGCCUUUGUAUGGUUACGCCAGGCUGAAUGUUUGCGUAAUUUAAAUCGUACAAAUGAGGCUAUUGAGAGUUAUACACGUGUUGUGGAACUAGCACCUUUUUGCUAUGAGGCCAAAUUUACAUUGUCGGCUUUGCUAAAGCAACAGGGCCGUCAUAUGGAGGCGGUAAAGGCUCUCGAACAAUCCGGUGAAGGCGAUGGUCAGCCACUAAAUGCUCGUUUGCUUUAUGAGCGUUGCAUAAUGUUGCAGCAAAUUGGUGAAAUUGAUGAAUUUCUCGAAGUAGGCUAUGUGCUGCUCGCACGACAUUCAAUUAAGCUGCGGAAUCGUGAGGAAAUGCUAGCAGCGGCGAAUGGUGGUAGUUUCUAUAACGCAGAAGGUCUCAAAGUGAUAUUGCAAAUGCGCAAUAUCACAGAGGAUACGGAUAAGGCAUUACAGGAAUACAAUAAAAUACCACAAGAGAAUUCAGAUCUCACCAUACAAGAUGAAUAUCGUCUAUUUUUGGAGUUGUUACGCGUUGCUUUUGAGCAUAAAAAAUUUAGUUGUAUUGAACGUCUUUGCUUUGGCAUGGUCACCACAAAACGAUUCACUGCCUAUCAUAUUGAAUUGGAGCAUAUUAUAAUACUCGCAUGCUACUUUAAUGACAACUGCACCAUUGCGUUUUCAUAUCUACGUGAAUUGAUUUCGAAGAAUCCACUUAAUACCAUACUUUGGAAUUUACUAUCUCUCCUUGUACAAAAGGGUCAGGAUUUGCGUUAUCAUCGUUAUGUACGUCGUUUAGUGCAACGACUACCUUCUGAACGUAAAUUUCGUAUAUUUCUUGCGCAUUAUCAUCUAUUUUGCUGUUCAUACAAAUAUGCUUUAAAUAUUUAUGUGCCACUCUUUAAAGAAGAACAAACGCCCAUAUUGGCACUCUGUAUAGCUGCAAUUUUUAACCAGAUGUCAUUGCAACGUAAAGUAUUACGUAAAACCGGCGCAGUGGCACAAUCUAUUGCUUUCGCCCAAAAGUAUGCUACAUUGCGUGCUGGUGUAGAGUGGCAUGCCGGUAUUGUUGCUACUGGCUCGUUUAAAACAUCAGCGUCACGGGAAAAAUCAUUACCGUCAACAGCAGAUGAGGAAAGUAGUAGUCAAUGUAGUGCAGCUGAGCAGGAAAUUUGCUACAAUUUCGGGCGCAUAUAUCAACAGGCUGGCCUGGUACACCUUGCGGUAGAGUAUUACGAGCGUGGUUUGGCGGCACGACAUCCCUUAAUUGAAGAGAAUGAAGAGUAUUUGGGUUUGCGGCAAGAAAUCGCAUACAAUUUACAUUUAAUUUAUAAGUCAGCGGGAAAUUUGCGGAAAGCGAGGCAAUAUCUCUACGAGUAUUGUGUUGUCUGAAAUGUAAAAUGGAUGACGAGUCUUUCACUUAGGUUUUAAAACUGAACAUAUGUACAUACAUAUUAUAUAUAACAAUCACCACCUGUAUACAAAAUCUGUCACAGGUUAGUAAAAAAAAAUAUUGAAUAAUUUUAUAUUUAUCUUUAAUUAAAGUACUAAUUAAUUAUUAGCUAUUAUUUAAGCUUUCCAAAUUAAAAAUAAAUCGUGAAGAAAAUAUAUUAUUUCUUAAGUUCGUUUUAACAUUAGCAGUUACAUAAAUUUAUAUAUUUAUAUAUACAUUUGGCCAUUCGAAAUGUUUAAAAUAGUUAUUAAGAAGUCCGAUAUACAAUAAACACCGUAAUAUUUAUUUAAAUUUUA